AUGGCCGAAGUUGAGACGCCCCAGCCGGUUCCUGGCCCAGUCUCGGACGAGAAUGCCGCUCCCUCUUCAGACGAGAUCAAGACUGUGUUUCAUGAUGUGAACAAUUUCAACGUCAAACACCCUCUGCUCAACAGCUGGAGCCUUUGGUUCACUAAGCCGCCCUCGUCGAAAGGAGACAACUGGAAUGACCUUCUCAAAGAAGUGAUUACAUUCGACACCGUUGAAGAGUUCUGGGGGAUUUAUAACAACAUCACCGCCUGUUCAGACCUUAGUCACAAGUCUGAUUACCAUCUUUUCAAGAAAGGAGUCCGGCCAGAAUGGGAGGAUCCGCAGAACAAGCAUGGAGGCCGGUGGUCCUACACGUUCAAGGACAAGAAGUCUGUCAACAUCGACGAAGUGUGGCUCCACACCCAGCUUGCAGCAAUUGGCGAAACUUUGGAGGAUGAAGGAGACAAUGAAGUCAUGGGAGUCGUUGUGAAUGUCAGAAAGGCAUUCUACCGAAUCGGGUUGUGGACUCGCACCACCGGAAAGGCUGGGAGCAAGGACACUUUGAUGAAGAUCGGUCAACGCUUCAAAGAGGUUUUGCAGCUCCCUCCAAACGAAUAUGUCGACUUCUCUGGCCACACUGAUGCCGCGCAUGCGGGCAGCACUAGGGCAAAGACGAAGUACACGGUCUAG